AUGCUCAAAGACCAAGGCCGUCAGCCGGUGCUGACGCUGGCGCUCUAUUCGACCGGACCACCGACCACCGUCAUUUGGCCACACAGCAGCUCAGCAGUCAUGUUGCUGACAUUGGCAUAUGCAAACGGCACGUCACAGCACCUGCGCGCCUCCAACUUUAACCAUCAACAGUCCAUUAUGAAGACCUUUUCCAUCUUCGUAGUUGCCACAUGCUGGCUAUUUGUGGCCUUGGCCCACGGCCACACAGUUCUCUCCUACCCAGGAUGGAGAGGUAACACCUUCAUCACAAAUGAGACGUACCCCUUCGGAAUGCAAUGGACCUAUCCAUGUGGCGGCCUCGGCGUGACGCAAAACAGAACCCACUGGCCCAUCAGCGGCGGCGCCCUCGCCGUCCAACCGGGCUGGAACUCGGGACACAAGACGGCGCUCAUGUACAUCAACCUCGGCCUCGGCGAGUCGCCGAAGAACUACUCCAUGGUCAUGGUGCCCCGGUUCCAGCUGACGGGGCCCUCGAACCAGGAGUACGAGGGGACGUUCUGUCUGCCAAAGGUGCCGCUGCCGGCUGGUGUGACGCCCAAGGAGGGUGAUUUGGCGUCGAUACAGGUCGUGGAGGCCGCACAGCAUGGUGCGGCGUUGUUCAGCGUACGUUGUCUGACCAAGUGUUACCGUCUUCCCAAAUAUUUCAUGCCUCGUGGAAGUGCGCAACACUACUGGGAUGGGAAAUGUGUCGAUAUCAUCUUUACGGAAGACGCGUCCAAGGUUACCCCGGUGACAGCGGAUAACUGCUUCAACUCUACGAACCUCAAGGUUGAAGCGGCGACGCUCGAGACGAAUUCUUCGCCUAUCACUGAUCCAUCGGCACCGGCGACCACGACAACUACUACACCGAGCGCGUCUCCAACUAGUGGGGCUCCCCGUCGAUGGUUUUUGACGUACACGUAUGUCGUGGAAUAA